AUGAGACAAUGCCAGCGGCAAUUGAGGAGGAAAGAAAAGGAUGAUAGACACAAGAGUAUUUCCAAUCCCUUAUUGUUCGCGCUGGAUUUAAAGUUGCACUGCCAAACCACUCUAGCGAGCGUUGACCUCCAGCUACAGGCGACUGACCCGACUGUAGUCGCUAAGUGGUCUGCCACCUCCCGACCCACCGCGAGCGGCACUGUCAAGCACUGCGACGACAACCUCAUCUCUUCAGACCGAAAUUCCAAAAGAUCAACGCAUUCGAACGCGCGAAGAAAAGAGGAAGAGCUGUAA